AUCACAGUUCAGUAACAGCACUGAUCGUCACUAUAUUCCAAACUCAAGGAGGACAAGGACCUAGUCGAGAAACAAUAAUGAAUACUUUCAAGCUAUUGUGUUUGGUGGGCCUUUUGGCAGUCACUGCCCAGGCCAAUCAAAAUCACCAACACCAAUCGCAAAAACUAAAACCAAGCCAGUGGUUCUCGGCCAAAAAAUUGGCAGAAUGUCCCUCUGUUGAUGACUUAUCCGUUGAAAGUUUGGAGAAUAUGUCGUUGGAAGAAGGUGCCGAGGCAUUGCGUACAAUUUACCAUGUUUCCCACAUCAACUAUGACAUGAAGCCCUCGUACACCCCAAAUCCCAGCAGCAUUCAGGUGACACUUUUCAAGAGCAAUGGUGAGCAGGAGACCACAACAUUGGACAAAAUGGCCUCAACUGCCAAGAAAUGGUCCCACUUUGGCAAACAAGAGAUUACCAUUUACAUUACCGGUAUUCCCGCUCAAACGGAGACUGUGCACAAGGCCAACAAGGAACUGGUUGAGGCUUAUGUUGAACGUUAUCGUCAUCGUGCCUCCAAGACUGAGGAACAAAAUCCCAAUACCGGCAAUUUGGUGAUCAUUGACUUGGGUGACCAAUUGUCCAACUCCAAACGCUUUGCCAUGUUAGAUGUCGAAGAGACUGGUGAAAAGAUUGCCGAAUGCAUUGCCGAUUUGAUUGAAAAAUGCCAAGUCCCAAGCAACGUUGUUCACAUUGUGGCCCAUAGCGUUGCCGCCCAUGUGGCCGGUGCCGCAGGCGAGGCAUUUGAACGUAAUACCGGAGAACAAUUCAGCCGUAUCACUGCCUUGGAUCCCUCUAAAAUCUAUGCCGAGGACUCUCAAUGUUUAACCGGACUGGCUCGUGGUGAUGCUGAAUUUGUUGAUGCCAUCCACACUUCGGCCUGGAGCAUGGGCACCACCCGCCGUGUUGGUGAUGUUGAUUUCUUCCCCAACGGUCCAUGCCGUGGUGUUCCCGGUACCACAAAUGUUAUUGAGGCCACCAUGCGUGCUGUCCAUCUUUAUGCCGAAUCCGUACGUCCAGGACAUGAACACAACUUCCCCGCCGUUGAAGAUCGUUCGGUGGAGAGUUAUAAGAACUAUGGCUGUGGCAAACGCGUUCACAUGGGUCUCGCCGUCGACAAGAAGGCCAAGGGUGAUUUCAUCCUGCAAGUCAAUGAACAACGUCCCUUCGGCCAAAGAGCUCCUGCUAAACAUAAUAAGGAGUGCCACAGCACUCAUAGACAUUCCUCCAACUGGUCUUCGAAUAAAAACUAAAUUGGAUGGAAGGUGAAACAAAAACGGACGUAUCCAAAGAGAUAAUGUUGAAAAAAUAGGACAUUUCGAAAUUAUGUUUUGUAUUUUUAUAUAUAAAUAAAUUGUUGGCAUUGAAAACGAA